AUGAGUGCGAGAAGACGACUCAGGCCCGAAGACUACACGGUUGGGUGGCUCUGUGCGUUAGCGCGGACCGAGCAAGUAGCAGCCAUCAAGAUGUUAGACGAACAGCAUCAAGAGCUUCCGAAGCCCGUCGGUGAUCAUAACACAUACACCUAUGGCUCCAUCGGUAGUCACAAUAUUGUCAUCGCAUGCUUGCCCAUCAGCCACCCUGGCACGACCCCUGCCACAAGAAUGGCAGACCUACUGCCCACAAGCUUUCCAAAUAUGAGACUACAUUUGUUUGUGGGCAUAGGUGGGGGGAUACCGCACGAUCCUCCACAUCUGGAUGCCAGUCAAGACAUUCAUCUGGGGGAUGUUGUCGUUGGGGUGGAUCAGACUCCCGGCGUUGCAGGUGUUGUUCAGUAUGACUUCAUGAGAGAUAAAGGAGAGGAGGGCAGAGACCUGCUGGGAAUAUUUGAUAAACCGAACCCAGAAUUGUUGACCGCCUUGGGAAAGUUGUUCUCCAACUACGAAAUGGGAGACAGUAAUCCCCACCUACAACUGGCAAAGUUGACAGGAUUGAGGUCAGAUUUCGCCCGUCCCCCACCGGGAGGAGAUAAGUUCUACCGGUCAACCUACAAGCACAUCAACGGUGCCCCAAACUGCGAUCAAUGCUCUAUCGAUCAAAUAGUAGUCCGAAAUGAGCGUCAGCCACUUAAGCAGGAGUCACUGGAGCAGGAGACUCCGAUUCCGGUAUUUCAUCAAGGUCAAAUUCUGUCGGGGAACUCGGUCAUCAAGGACGCUAAACGCAGAGAUGAGCUCAGCCAAGCAUAUCCUCACGCCCGCUGCCUUGAAAUGGAGGCUGCCGGAGUGGUGGACCAGACGCACUGUUUAGUGAUACGGGGUAUUUCCGACUAUGCGGACUCUCAUAAGAACCAAACAUGGCAACCUUAUGCGGCAGGGACAGCAGCAGCUUUCGCAAGAGAACUACUCUUGACCGUCCAACCUUCUGUUGUAAAAGAAUUGGGAAACAUAGCUCCCACCGCUGGGCAGGCUGCUGACCCGCAAUCUAGCGGAAAUCUAGAGCCAGGCAAUGUGCAUUGGAUGGUUCCCAAAAGGGCCAACAAGCUUUUCACCGGCCGGACCCGGAUUCUCGAAAAGCUAGGCCAUAGCCUGGCGUCCCAGCCCCCUUCUUCGUCGGCGAGCGAAGAGCAGAAGGUUUUUGUCAUAGUUGGUUAUGGCGGGAUUGGAAAGAGUGAGGUGUGCUUGAAGUUCGCAAAUGACCAUCGUCAACAUUUCUGGGGCGUUUUCUGGAUCGACGCUAGCAGUGAAGAAACAGCAAAGCAGUCCUUCAUCGAUAUCGGGAAACUGUGUGGUGGAAAAGCGGAGUCUUUUGAGCAAGUGAAAACAUGGCUUGCCAACAUCUGUUAUUCUUGGAUCCUUAUCAUCGACAACGCCGACAAUCCUGAUAUCGACUAUGCUAUGUUUUUCCCAUCCGGAGAGAAGGGUAACAUUCUUCUGACCACUCGGAAUCAGCAAUAUCGCGACCAUGAAACCGUCGGUUGCGAGGAUCUAGAUCAUCUGGACCUUCAAGAUGCUACGUCGCUUCUCUUUAAAGCCGCUGGGAUAGCCGAAUCAUCGCGUGGAGACAAUCACAAGGCGGCAGAGAAAGUUAUUCAAGAUCUGAGUUACCAUACUCUCGCUAUCGUUCAAGCAGGAGCAUUCAUCAAGCUUCGGCUUUGUUCACUUGGAGACUAUCCCAAAAUUUUCAAAGAACAGAAAGAGCAAGUCCUGAAGUAUUGUCCAACACCAGCACAACCGACCGAUAGAAGUGUAUUCGCGACGUUUGAGAUCUCGGCUACCCAUCUGGAAUCAUCUCAAGACCAGAAUGCUGCGAAUGCGCUCAGCUUGCUUCAACUCUUAGGUUUCUUUCACUUUCAGGAAAUACCUGAGCUGAUGUUUUUAAGAGCGCGGAACCAGGCUAUUGCUAUACGUGAAAAGAUAGGCAGAGGAAUGCCACAGGAUGAGAUUUACCGACUGUCUGAGUUACAGAUCUCUCGCCUACCUGAAUUCAUCAUGCCGAGGAACCACAUUGCUACAGAUUCCAUCCCAUGGCAGUGGCGCGAAACCCUGAAUCUCCUAGAAUCCUACUCAAUCAUUAAAUUUAGUGGGACUGGUGAAGAUCUUUCCUUCUCGAUGCAUCCACUUGCUCACACGUGGGCUCGCAGUCGCCCCGGACUAACAUCUAGAGAGCAGAGUUGGGCAGCAGCUGGCUCGGUCAUCGCUUUGUCGAUGCGUGGAACGAAUUACAAUAUGUUCCAUGAAAAGCUUCGAUCGCACGUUGAAGCUUACCUAGGUUACCCGAUUCUUGAGUACCGAGCGGAAAUGACAGAACUGGAGAUUUGUCAAACUCAUUUCCGAAUCUGCUGGCUCGUUCUACAUCUGCUUCAUACUUCAAGACUUCGAGAUCUUCUUAAAAUACUCGAGACAUUUGAGGCCUGGACGGGCGCUAGUGGAGAAUCCAGCUUACAGAUAAAACUCCUUACUGCCAACUGCUUUCUUGAAGAGGGACAGCACCAAACAGCGGUAGGGCUACUGGAGCGGCUAGUCGAGACUGAUCAUGCUGAUGAUCUCGAUCUGCAAGCUACACUUGCAAACGCCUAUAUCGAGUGCAAGCAGCACCAAAAGGCAGUACCUCUACUCGAGCGCCUAGCCAAGAUACAAGAGAGAACAGAAACGCCGGAUGAUGAGUAUCUUUUGUGGUUACGACACCUGCUUGGAUGCGCAUAUAUUGGAAACAAGCAGUUUGAAAGAGCAGCACCGCUUCUUGAGCAAAUAGUCGAGAUACAAAAGGGAUCGAUGGUGUCUACACAUCGUGGUCGUAUAGCAUCUGAAUUUAUGCUUGGAAGAGCCUACAUAGGCAAUAAGCAGUAUGAGGAAGCGGCAAAAAUCCUUCAACAAGUACUUGACAUACGAUCUCAAAUACUAGAUGUCAAGGAUCCCGGUCUCCUCGCUACGCAGUAUUGGCUUGUAAAAGCUUAUAUUGCCAUGGGAAACGGUCAUUAUGGAAGAGCAGCGGAGCUCCUUGAGCAGGUGUUCAGGAUAGAUGGAGUUUUCUGGCACCUGAAAACCCUGAUCGUUUGGCAUCGCAGCACGAGCUUGCAGUAG